AUGGGGAGAAAACCUUGCUGUGAGAAGGUUGGGCUGAAGAGAGGCCCUUGGACGGUUGAUGAAGAUCACAAGCUAAUGACCUUCAUCCUCAAUAAUGGCAUUCAUUGCUGGCGACUUGUUCCCAAGCUUGCAGGUUUGAUGAGAUGUGGGAAGAGUUGCAGACUAAGAUGGAUCAACUAUCUAAGGCCAGAUCUAAAGAGAGGGGCAUUCUCAGAGAUUGAAGAGGAUCAAAUUAUCCAACUCCAUGCACGUCUGGGUAACAGGUGGUCAAAAAUUGCAGCACAUCUCCCUGGCCGCACAGAUAAUGAAAUCAAGAAUCACUGGAACACUCGAAUCAAGAAGAAGAUGAAGGACCUUGGUUUAGAUCCUUCAACCCACAAGCCAAUAACCCAACACCCCAAAAAAUAUGAUAUAGAACAUGAAUCAUCAACUUCACAUUCCAAACAACAACAACAAGAAGACAUUAAUCCAGGGCUUCAGAAGAAACAAGAAGAUCUUCAAUUGGGUAGUACAGUGGAUCUUUGGCAUGGUUAUGAAAUGUUGUGGGAGACCAUGGGCAAUGAAUCAAGGAUUGACCCAAGUUCUAAUUCUAAUGGUUAUAGCCCUUCAUUUUCUUUGGACAAUUCACUUAAUCAGUCUAUGGGUGAAUCCUCAUUCUUCCAAGAAGAUUCUCUGCAAUGUUGGGCUGAUAAUGUGGAGUCUGUCCUUUCAUGGGAUGAAUUCCUUCCUAUUGAAGACAUUUUCUCUUUUGGGAUGUUACCAGUAAAUUAA